UGUAGUGAAUGCUGAUGGAUUUGUGGAAUGCCACACAGAUGGGGCUUGUUCCUUGAACGGCAAACUGGGAGCUUCUGGAGGCAUAGGGGUGUGGUUUGGUCCUCUUCAUCCCUUGAAUGUGUCAAUACCACUUACAAAAGGGCGACAGACAAGUAAUAGGGCUGAAAUUAUGGCUGUGGUCCAUGCUGUGGAAAUUGUGAAAGCAUCAGGUUGUGACAAACUGGAAGUAAAGAUUGAUUCUCAUUUCACCAUUAAUUGCGUGGAGAAAUGGAUACAAAAGUGGAAGUUGAAUGGUUGGAAGACAACCACUGGGGAAAAUGUGAAAAACAGAGAGGAGCUGGAGCUGUUGGACUCUGUUUCUACCAUCCCUGUCAGAUAUGUAUAUGUUCCUGGACACAAGGGAAACGUUGGAAAUAUGGAGGCUGAUAAGUUUGCCAAGAGUGGAGCCAAAUAUCCUGUGCAAGAAGUUAAAGUUUGAAAGUGCAGCAAAUCAUUUUUUUUUA